GGCCACUAAAAGAUUCCAGGUUGCAACAAUCCAAGGACGCUCAUACAUUUUCUUCGGUGGGGCUGGAAGAAGUCAAAGUUCAACUGAAGAAGUCGACACAGGGGAGCUCAUCCUUUCAGAUUCUUAUGCGGAUGAUACCACUCAAGAACUGGAAGGUAGACGCUCUUCUUGAUAGCGGGGUUCAUCCCGCCGACUGUUUGAUUCUCCUCGCCUCUCGGGAGGGAGAUGUUCCCAAGAUCAAAGAGCUCAUGGCCGCUGGGGCUGACAUCUACGCGAAAGAUCUGGAGGGCAAGAAUUCCCUUGAAAGGGCACAAGACGACAAUAUCCGGAAGUUGUUGCUUCAGCUGGCAGAGGAGCAGAAGAACUCCCCGGCUAUGCCUCAGUAAAAGCAUACUCACACUAGGACUUUUUGAGUUGUUUGUGGACGCGAUUACGGUUAGAUAGGUCCGGCGAGUGAAUGCGGUCAGAUACAUUUGAGAUAGAGCUAGGUAGUGUGAGUACGCCCUUUCUAGUUUGUAGUGAUUUGAUUUUUUGAGAAUGAUUUUCCGUGUUUUUUCUAGAAUCAUUUAGUAUAUGGUAAACCUAAUACUAUGUUCUAGUAGGGCAUAUUCGCACUGCAACGUUUUUGAGAGAAUCUGGCGGUAAAUGCGGUCGUAUACAUUCAGAAAGGUACAAGUGUGUUAAGUAUGACCUUUUCUAAACCGCGUUCAAUUGGUCCAUUUUUUAUUUUAUUUUUUUUAAUUGGUCCUAUUACCCUUACCUUGCUAACAACUAACUUAAAAUAAAGGAAAAACGACUGGCUUACGAGCUUAUGAAAAAAGACUUUCCCAAAAAAAAAAAAAAAAAAAAAAAAAAGACUAGCUUUCUUUUAAAAAAAAGAGAAAAAAGACUAGCUUUCCUUGUUAAAAAAAAAGAAAAGACUAGCUUUGAAGGGGAGGAGAGGAAGGGAGAGGAGAGGAGAGGAGAGGAGGGGAGGGGAGGAGAGAGGAGAGGAGGGAAGGGGAAGGGAGAGAACUCAGAAGGAGAGAAAUCGACGAACGAAGUGAACUGAGUGAAUGAAUUCACGCGGUAAGCAAGUAGAACUCAGUGUUAACGACUCUGGUCGUAUUACCCCCCUUAUGGCCUUUUGGAGAUGCAUGUGACGUGAAUCAUGUCCACGUUCAUUCAAAAUUUGGUGGCAAUGUCGAGUGCAUGCCUGUCAUUUCGUGGCAUUUCGACUCCCUGGCUUCUUUUUCAAGUCUUAUGCGGCCAGCUCGCCGAAGUUAAUAUCUUGGCCGACCGAGGUUAAGAAGCGAACGACCGAGGUUAAGAAGCGAACCACCGAGGUUAAGAAGCGAGCGACCGAGGUUGAGAAGCGAACGACCGGCCGAGGUUGAGAAGCGAACGACCGAGGUUGAGAAGCGAACGACCGACGUGACCCCGACAACCGAGGUUAAGCAGCGAACGACCGAAGGUUAAGUGAACGCCCGAGGUGACCCCGACAUCUGAGGUUAAGAAGCGAACGAUCGAGGUUAAGAGAACGACCGACGUGACCCGACGACCGAGUUUAAGCCAACGACCCGGGUUAAGCUAACGACCGACAUGACCCCGACAACCGAGGUUAAGAAGCGAACGACCGAGGUAAAGCCAAUGACCGAGAGGUGAAGCGAACGACCGAGAUGUUCAGCCAACCCGGAGGUUAAGCGAACGACCGAGUUGUUUAGCCAGCUCCUGAGGUUAACUUAGCGACCACGGUUUAUUUCCUUCCCCCCUCUUCCCGGAGAGCAUUGCGCGAGAAAGGCGGCACUGUCUCUGUUUCCCCAAUCCCUUCCCACCAUCCAAAAAAAAAGGAGUAAAGGCGGCCAUGUUGUAGUCAGUCAGUAGUUGUUGCAGUUGAAAUUCCUUUCUCGAUUUUGGUUGUUUUUUUUUUUUUUUUUUUUUUUUUGGGAAAGAUAACGAUCGUGUACAUGCAGUGCAGCUGGAUUUUUCGAGAAUCCCCCCCUCCCCCUCCCUAGAAUCUCUUGAUGAACGGAUUACGUGUUCGUAGAGAGAUGCAUGCGGUUUUGGUUUUUGUUUUUUAACAAAAAGCCUGCCGGUAU